AUGAACGGUGAAACCCUUAAAACACUACAUUUAAAGAAUUUGGCAACCAUAACAGACCAUGGAAUGGAGCCUCCAAUCCCAAUUCUGUUGGAAUCUACAUAUCAGCUGAAUGCACUAAUGUUGUUGAUGCUUUCCAGAAAUGGGGAAGUAGGCUAUGUGAAUCAAGCAAAUAACAUGUACCUCUUCCUCGGGGUUGGUUUGGGAUCUCUAUUAUCCGAUGCUCAUUAUUUCCGAUGGAAUGUUGCAAGCUGCUUCUUAAUGACAAGGCUGCAAGCACAGGCUGCUGGUGUAGCAUACUCGCAUCCAAUGACUAAUCUUACGAGUCGAAUGGCCGUUUUUGGACCAAACAUGAUGUUUACGGAUCUAAGAUGUUCUCCAUCAUGUACGCGUGCUGGGGUACAUGGUACAGUGUCCAUUUGUCCUCCAGAUUGCUUUGAGUACAAAGGAACACUUGAUGUUUUCUACAAAGUUAUUCGGCAGGAAGGAUUUGGAAGAUUAUGGCGAGGCACCAAUGCUGGCCUUGCAUUGGCUAUACUAACUGUGGGAAUCUAUUUGCCUUGCUAUGACAUCUUCCGGAAUUGGUUUGAAGAGUUUGCAGCUGAAAAUGCUCCAAGCAUGACACCGUAUGCCCCUUUGCUGCUUUUAUCUUUUGUACCCACCCGUGGAAGACACUCCUGUGGACUUGUCGCUUGCUCCAGAAGCACCUUCAAAAUCGUCGAUGGUCCCGCUAGCUCCGCUGUCGGAAAUCCAGAUGAAAUUGCAAAAAUUUUCCCAUCCCUGUUUGGGCAACCAUCAGCAAUAUUGGUGCCAGGUGAAUCUAAUGAAUCAGGAUCUGCCUUGAAGAUAGGAGUUGUGUUGUCAGGAGGACAAGCACCAAGAGGGCAUAAUAUUGAAGGAUUGACUAGUAAACAACAACAAUAUUGGUGCCAGGUGAAUCUAACUAGGUUGAUGAAAGCGAAUAGCUCUCGAGUUAGAAGUGGAAAAGAAAGCUCAAGCCGAAAGAGAUAAGAUGCUGAAAAUGCAAGUGUUGUAUUCUUCAUUUCAAUUGUUAGUAUGAAACAUAGAGUAUAUUAGAUGAAUGCAAAUUUAUAUAUUGUAAGAAAUAGAAUUGUAUGACAUUA